CCCGCUGUCGAGCUUGAUGACUCGGUGCCCGCUGUUCUGCCAGAUGACUCGUUGCCCGCUGUUCUGCCAGAUGACUCGUUGCCCGCUGUUCUGCCAGAUGACUCGUUGCUCGCUGUUUCUGCCAGAUGACUCGUUGCCCGCUGUAGUGGCAGAUGACUCGUUGCCCGCUGUUCUGCCAGAUGACUCAUUGCUCGCUGUUCUGCCAGAUGACUCGUUGCCCGCUGUUCUGCCAGAUGACUCGUUGCCCGCUGUCGUGCCAGAUGACUCGAUGCCCGCUGACUUGCCCGGUAACUCUGUGCCCGCUGACUUGCCCGAUGACUCGGUGCCC